GCACAGAUAGUCAGCAAGCCUACCACGAUCUCGUAUGGACAGUUGUUUGUGGAGUGCGUGCGUUUGAUGGGUUACCUUUUAUGGUGAUUCAAGUAUCAAGAAAACAUUGGUCAGACUUGUAAUGUUUUAACAACAAAUCGGAAAAGGACUUUUUGAGAAAAAAAAUGUUUGGCAGCUUAAGAUGGAUCAUAACAAUAUUAAUUAUCACAUCCAUAUUAUCAAAGGCAAAUUAUGCCCCACCAGAACGAUUGACAGGAAUGAAUCCUUGUCUUAGUAAACAAUCAUGUCACGAAUGCAUACAAACACCACACUGUGCUUGGUGUGCUGCACCAACAUUUUCUGAGAAGCGAUGUUUUCUACCAAAUAUAAAUACCAAAAUAUUUGCAACAUGUCCAGCAGAGUAUACAUGGAACCCAGAUAAUGUUUACAGUAUGGUACGAUAUCGUCCUUUAUCGAAAGGUGGUUAUGCUAAUGGCAGUACCAGUAGUUAUGAGUACUCAUACAUGAACUCUAGUUCGUUUAGCACUAGUUCCCAGUCUAGUAGCAGCAGUUCCAGCAGCAGCAGUAGUACUGGAAGACUGGAAGCUGUACAAAUUUGGCCUCAGGAAGUCAAAUUAAAACUCAGAAUAAAUGAAGCUCAUCGAAUGACCUUCACUUAUUCGCAAGCAGAAGAUUAUCCUGUUGAUUUAUAUUACCUUAUGGACCUAAGUAAAUCGAUGGAAGAUGAUAAAAAGAAGUUAUCAGAUUUAGGUCAACUUUUAGUAGAAAGCAUGAGUAAAAUUACCAGUAAUUUUCGAUUAGGUUUUGGUAGUUUUGUUGACAAAGUUGUAAUGCCUUAUGUUAAUACAAUGCCUAAAUCAUUAAUAGAACCAUGUGAUGGAUGUGCAGCACCAUAUGGUUAUAAAAACAUUAUGACUCUUUCUAAAGACACUAGCCAUUUUGCAAGUUUGGUACGAAAUGCAUCAGUGUCUGGUAACUUGGAUGCACCAGAAGGAGGAUUUGAUGCUAUAAUGCAAGCUAUAGUGUGUAGAGGGCAAAUUGGUUGGCGUGAAAAAGCUCGUAGACUGUUAGUAUUUUCUACAGAUGCUGGUUUUCACUAUGCAGGUGAUGGCAAGUUAGGUGGAAUUGUGAAACCAAAUGAUGGUGAAUGUCAUUUAGAUCACACUGGUCUCUAUACACACUCAUCCUUGCAAGACUAUCCAAGUAUUUCUCAGAUUAAUUUAAAGGUUAAACAGAAUGCCAUUAAUAUUAUUUGGGCUGUUACUGAAGAACAGAUAAACGUCUAUAAAAGAUUAACUAAACAUGUAGAAGGAUCUUUUGCUGGUAAAUUAUCGGACGAUUCAAGUAACGUUGUAGAAUUAAUUCGAGAACAGUACGAUGCAAUCUCAAGCUCUGUCGAGAUGAAAGAUACAGCCAGCAGUGCUGUGAAAGUGAAAUAUUUUUCAAAAUGUUUGGGAUCUGGACCGCUUGUUGAAACUUCGAAAUGUGACGGAUUAAAAGUUGGGACAAAAGUAGAAUUUAUUGCAGAAAUUGAAGUCACAAGUUGUCCAAAAAAUAGAUCAGAAUGGAUACAAAAGUUCGACAUUUAUCCAGUUGGUAUUAAUGAAACGCUAACUGUAAAUUUGGAAAUGUUAUGCGAUUGUGAAUGCGAACAUGAAGGGCCUAUGUAUGAAAGUAACUCAAACAAAUGUAAUGCAGUAGGAACCUUGAAAUGUGGUAUCUGCGAAUGUUACGAUAAUUAUUUUGGAAAACAUUGUGAAUGCAGUCCUCAACAGAUGACAGGACUGUUGGAUCAACAUUACCAAUCUUGUCGACGUGAUAACACUUCGCUCGUAGAUUGUUCAGGUAGAGGAACCUGUGCUUGUGGUCAGUGCGAAUGUGAAGAAAGAGAAAAUCCGGAAGAAAAAAUAUCAGGUCACUUUUGCGAGUGCGACAAUUUUUCGUGCGAUCGAGAUCAAGGACAUUUAUGCUCCAACCAUGGAACAUGCGAAUGUGGGCAAUGUGUUUGUAACGCAGGGUGGACUGGUCCAUCUUGUAAUUGUAGAUCUUCAAAUGAAACUUGUAUCGCACCAGGAAUCAAAAGUGGAGUGUUAUGUUCUGGACAUGGAACUUGUAUUUGCGGUGAAUGUAAGUGCGAUGAAAAAGGCAAAUACUCUGGCAAAUUUUGUAACAAAUGUUCAACGUGUCCAAGUCGCUGCGAUGAAUUAAGGAACUGUGUAUUGUGCCAAAUGUAUGGCACUGGUAACUAUACUGACAAAGAAGAGUGCGAGAAAAACUGUACAGAAUUUGUUCCUGAACCAGUUGAUACCGUUAUAUCAGAUGUCGACAAAGACGAGACUUUAUGCUUCGGUAUAGACGAAGAUGAUUGUAAAUAUAAUUUUGUUUAUUACACCGAUGAAUUCAAUUGCCUGAAAGUACGAGCCCAAAAGGAAAGAGAAUGUCCACCACAAGUUUAUAUGCUCGGAAUAGUGUUAGGUGUAAUAGCGGCAAUUGUUUUAAUUGGGCUUGCAUUAUUACUUUUAUGGAAAUUAUUAACAACUAUCCAUGAUAGGAGAGAAUUUGCAAGAUUUGAAAAGGAAAGGAUGAUGGCGAAAUGGGAUACGGGGGAAAAUCCAAUUUACAAACAAGCAACUUCAACAUUUAAAAAUCCAACGUAUGCUGGAAAAUAGAAAUAUUAAGAAUGAUCUCUUGACUAAAAACCAUUAUUAUAUUGCAGUAAAUUGUUAUUUUUUCUUUUCAUAAAUUUUAAACUGUUAAAUAUUUAAAUGACAAACAAGAAACUUUAUUAUGCAACAAACAAAGCUUUAGAACUAAUUGGGAUAGUUUUUAACAUUGUAACUCAUAAGUAUUUAAUGGAAACUAAUGUAGUAUGAAAUAUUAUCAGAUUAUUUACUAAGUACGAUAUUAUAAUACUGCCAUAUAACUUAGACUGCUAUGUAUGAAUGUGUGUGAACGAGUGUAAGUGUAAAUUAUGUAUACAAUGAAAACUUGUAAUGUAAGAAUGAAUACCUGCAUAGCUGUAUGGUAACACAUUGAUUUGAGGAUGUAUAAUCUCAAUGUUAUUGUGACAUUUAUAUACAAGUGCCUUUUGUCUUAUGACAAAAAAUAUUUCGUAUAAUUUUUUAAUUAUCUUUUUUAACAUAAAAUUAAUGAAACAUAUUUACCUUUGAAGGAACUUAAUUCACUCUGAAGUACGAUUCAGAGAAUUGAAAAUUUUUCUCUUGAAUAUAUUUAUUGAAAUUUUUGAUACAUUAAUAUAUUUCAGAAAAAAAGAUAUAAGUAAUAAACACUCUAAUAUGUGAUAUUGCAAGAUGUAAAAGAUUUUUUAUGGAAUUGUUUUAGGAAAUGAAUUUUCUUCUUACGUCUUCCGUAUUUUCGCACAUUUAAAAAUUUUAUCAUAUAUUAAUUUACAAGUGUAUGUAGAAAAUUGUAUAAAUGUAAAAAAUAAGGGAAUGCAUAGUAGUAAGUGUAAAUCAUUUUACAACUGUUAAAAAAUGCAAAUUUAUUACUUACCUUUUGCAAUAUACGUAAAUGAAAAUACAAUUAACAAGAAUUUAAUACACUUUAUUAAUGUGUAAAUCAAUGUUUUAAGUUAAGAAGUACCGAAAAUGAAUGCUUUUGUUAUGUAUUAAUCACUUUUAAUUAUAAUAAGAUGUGAUUUUCAGCUUCUACAAAAUUUACUUUUAUUUAAAAUUAAAUGCUCAAAAUAAAGAAAUCUAUAAAUAUUAAAAAUCUUCUGUUCUAUAACAGUUGUAUUUAUGUGAAAAUAUCUGUUAAGUAUCCCUGAUAUGUUUUUAUCUAUUUUAACAUUAAUACCAGUUUAUAUUGCAAUCUCAUUACAAGAUAAAAUAAAUAUAACACUGUAUUAUCAUGUAUUUGAAAAUAUACAUCAAUUGCUAUACUGACUUAUGUAACUGUGUUUUCAUACAUUAGUUUUAUAAAAACUUAUUUAUAAAUGGAACGAAUAUGACUUUAGUCUGAGUAAUACUUUGUAUAUUCAUUAUUCAAAUUAUUACUAUAAUGUUAUUACUGUAUGUGUAAUUUUAUAACAUUCAUCAUUUCCGUUUUUGUAAAAAAGGUACUUGGUAAAUGAGUGUUCUUGACCUUUCAGCAUUGGAAUUUUAAAUGUAUUUAAUCGCAGUAAUGAGAAUCAUUCCAUUACAUAAAUCACAAAAUCUUUUUAAAACAAUAUUUAACAACUGAAGAUUAAAGAUUGUUUAUAAAUGUUAUAAAAAAUAUAAUUAUAUACAAUAAUUUGAUUAAAAACUAUAAGUUAUUGUACAUAUGAAAGUGAUAUAUAUUCUUACAUAUUAAACAAUUUUUAAGAACAGGGCACUUGCUGAGUUACACCAUUACUGACAUAGUAAAAGUGAAAAAACCUGAAUUAGUUCGACUUCGUGCACUUUAGGUCGAUUAAUGUAGAGAAAGGCAGUGGAUCAAGUCAAGUAUUACCAAACAGAGUUAUGUAUAAAGUAAUGGGUAGUAUUACUGUUCAAAAGAACAAUCGGUUCGCGUAACCGAAGAAUGUUCAGUUGACUAUGUAUUUUACAUUUCUAAAUACCACUUUAUGCAAAUAAAUAAAAAAUACGUUUCUGUACUAAUAGAUUCUUGUUAUACAACCGGGAUUUUAAAUAUGUUUUUAAACGUUCUUGAUUGAUAGUCGUAAUGACCCGACUACAAAUUAAAUACAUGAAAUAAAAUAUACCUCAUCAUAAAUUACUAACGUGACGAUUUUUUAUAAUUAAUAGUUAGUGUAUGUCCAACUAUUUGUAAAAUUUAAGCAUUUAUAUGUAACAAAUAGAAACAACUUGUUUAUCUCGAGAA